AGAGGAGAAAGAAAAGAAAAAAAAAAUUUCUCCAAAGAAGAAGAGAGCGUGUACAAUUCAGUCUCCUCCUACCUCCCCGGAGCCCGACGAGAUCCCGCCACCGCCACCUCUCCUCCUCGCCGCGCCCGGCGACCUCCUCCUCCACAUGCUCCUCCGGUCGGCGCCGCGCCGCCUCCACCACCUCCGCCCGCACCACCUCUCUACCGCCGCCGCCCUCGCGGCGGCGCCGCCGACCCCGACCGAGUGGACCACGGCGCCGGUCGCCUCCGUCGGCGCGGCCACCGCCGACGCGUCCCUCUUCCACGUCUCCCUCGACCUCUCCUCCCGCGCCGACCUCCUCGCCUCCCACGUCGCCGCCGGCCAGUUCCUCCCCUUCCGCCUCCCCGCCGCGCCCUACCCGAUCUUCCUCGCCAUCUCCUCCUCCCCUCCCGCGCCGGGCCUCGCGACCUCCUUCGAUUUCCUCGUUAAGCGACUCCCCGGCACCCCCUCCGCGUGCCUCUGCGACCUGCGCCCCGGCGACCUCGUCCACGUCGGCGGCAGCGUCGUCGGCCGCGGAUUCGAGGUCGGCAGGAUCGCUGACGCGCGCGAUGUCCUCGUCUUCGCCACCGGAUCCGGGAUCAGUCCAAUUCGGUCACUCAUCGAGUCAGGUUUUGGCGAAAAUGAGAACAUUGAUGUAAAGCUCUUUUAUGGGGUUAGAAAUCUUCAGAGGAUGGCAUAUCAGGAGAGAUUCACUAAUUGGGAAUCCAGUGGAAUCAAAAUUAUACCUGUUCUCUCAAGACCUGAUGAUCAAUGGACCGGCGAGCGAGGCUAUGUCCAGAAUGCUUUUUCAAGGAUGAAGAAGGUUGUAAAUCCUUCAUCCAUGGGGGCAAUUUUGUGUGGACAUAAACAGAUGUCUGAGGAAAUUACUAGAGCACUUGUUGCUGACGGUGUGCCAAAAGAUAGAAUCUUAACAAACUUCUGACUGCCCCUAGCCCACUAGAACACAAUUAUCAGCCUUCUAGAUGUUGUAUCCUUAUUACUCAUUACAGUGAUUAUUCUUUACAGCAAGCGCGAUGGAAACUCGCAACAGAGAAACAGUUUUGUACUACUUACAUAUAGGGGCUUCUUUUUCCAAUUUUCCUGCACGAUGCAACAUGCUGCGCUGUAAUCUGGAUUUUGCCAGCCUGAUGUAUCAAUAUCAACACUUGGUGGGCAUUUUCGCAUUUGAACCGAAAGGCCCUAGUUCAUACAGUUUUGUACCUCCUGAAACAAUACCCCCUUGGAAGGUGUUGAUAUACUCCAAAUUACAAAAGCUAGCUCAAUAAAAGGGGUAGAGAUGAGUGGCCUCAUGUAUUUGCCUUAUAAAAGAGGUAGAGAUGAGUGGCCUCAUGUAUUUGCCUUCAGUUAUAAUUUGUCUUCAGUUAUAAUUUGUGUAUUAUUUCCCCGCAAAAAAAAUAAUAAUUUGUGUAUUAGAAGGCUAUAACAGGAUCAGUUUUGAAUUGAUUUGAGAUGCGUUUGUUUGUAUGUA